CCCACUCAGUCAGUCUGGACUGAUGAAUCUGAGGAGUAGAACAGGUCUUCUGCAGGGAGGGAGAUCCUCAUCCUGGAGCAGGGAAUCGAGGAGCCCUGUGUUGUGUAGACGAACUGAUGGAUGAAGAUGAGAAGGACAGGGCAAAGAGGGCAUCACGCAACAAAUCCGAGAAGAAAAGGAGAGACCAAUUUAAUGUCCUCAUUAAAGAGCUUUGCACAAUGCUGCAAGGCCACGGGCACCCUCUCAAGAUGGACAAGUCUACAAUCCUGCAGAGGACCAUUGACUUCUUACAGAAACAGAAAGAAAUCACAGCACAGACAGAAGCCUGUGAGAUUAGACAAGACUGGAAGCCUUCAUUUCUUAGCAACGAGGAGUUCACCCAGUUGAUGUUAGAGGCAUUAGAUGGCUUUCUCAUUGCUCUUACCACUGAUGGGAUUAUUAUUUAUGUAUCUGAUAGUGUCUCAUCUCUACUUGGACACUUACCGUCAGAUUUGGUGGACCAAAAUAUAUUAAACUUUCUGCCUGAGCGGGAGCAGAGUGAGGUGUACAAGCUCCUUUCUCCGCACAUGCUCAUGACAGAUCCUGUUGCAGCCGAUUUUCUAAAUGCGGAAAAACAAAUAGAGUUUUGCUGCCAUUUAGCAAGAGGCAGCUUAGAUCCAAAUGAACCCCUGACAUAUGAAUAUGUGAAAUUUGUAGUGGAUUUUAAAUAUUUUACUCAUGUGCCUCCACCCUCCUGUAAUGGCUUUGAGUCAGCUAUUGCACGAGCUUUCAGGUCAGCCACGGAGGAGCAGAUUUGCCUCGUAGCAACUGUUCGUCUCGUCACGCCGCAGUUCUUAAAGGAGCUCUGCAAUGUUGAAGAGCCAUGUGAAGAAUUUACAUCAAGGCAUAGUUUAGAAUGGAAGUUUUUAUUCUUGGACCACAGGGCUCCACCUAUCAUUGGAUACCUACCCUUUGAGGUCCUGGGAACAUCAGGGUAUGACUACUACCACGCAGAUGACCUGGAGCUUCUUGCUAGGUGCCAUGAACACUUGAUGCAGUUUGGAAAAGGCAAGUCCUGCUACUACAGGUUCCUGACCAAAGGGCAACAGUGGAUCUGGCUGCAAACACACUACUACAUCACCUACCACCAGUGGAACUCCAAGCCCGAGUUCAUCGUGUGCACCCACCUUGUGGUUAGUUAUGCAGAAGUUCGAGCUGAAAGAAGGCGAGAUCUUGGCCUUGAAGAGUCAUCAAUUGAACUGGCAUCCUCCUCUUUAAAGAGCCACGGCAGCUACCUGGACGUGCGGCAGUGCGGGAAGAGCCAGGAGCCGAGCCGAGAGGGAGUGUCGCUCUCGUCCCACAGCUCCCGGCGCUCCUCGCACACGGCGCUCUCCGACUCGGCGUCCACAUCGUCAAUGCGGCACACAGACACCAGCACUCCCACCAGGCCGUCAGUGCCAAUGGGUCAAUCAGAGAAGGCAGCUUUGCGCCUGGCAUCAAGUGGAAGCACUCAGGCCAUAGCAACUCCUCAAGCCCCUGUUGACCACCUCAGUCAGCAUCCUGUGGCUCAGCCGGCAGUUCCCUCUCAGCAAGCUGUGAUGCCAGUGUACCACUUCCCCGCGCAGCUGGGGAUGAUGCACCAGCUGAAAGAGCAGCUGGAGGAGAGGACUCGCAUACUGCAAGCUGACAUCAAGACGCAGCAAGAGGAGCUGCACGUCAUCAAGGAGCAGCUCCAGCUAGUGCAGGACUCCAACCUGCAGAUGUUGAUGCAGCAACCGAUACCCUUAGUUUUUAACAACGUGCCGCACCAGAGUCCAAGAAGGCCGUCGCAGCAGCAGCAGCAGCCUGAGACAACCAGGCAAAGCACAGCCAAGAAGUUGCAGCAGCAAGGCCUUACUGGGACAAAACACUACUGUGGCCCUCACUUACCGUCCCCACGCCAAUUCCUUAGGGAACCUGGUGGCCCGUCCUCCCAGGUGCAGCAGCAGCACCUGAUGAGAGGGAGCCAGGCCCAGCAAACGUGUCUGCCGGGACAGAUGAGCAUUUCAGUGCCCCUCUACAACAACCCCGUGGUGUUUCCGCAAGCGCAUCCCGUUACCGUGCCUGCGCAGAUGCCGACUGAAGUCAGUGACAGGCAGCAGCAGGCUGACUACAGCCAGGACAGGAGCCUGAGAUUCGUCGCAGAGCAGCAGAUCUUGCCUCCCCCAGUACAGAUGCAGCCGAUUACCGGCAGCACAGUCCGGCCUCCAGCCCCGUCGCCCAUUUUCUCCCCGUCGCUGAUGAUCCCACACACCAGUUUCACUUCCCACCAGACCAGCACCCCAGUUCAUCUCCAUCAGUGGCCACAACAACAGGUUCAGCAACACCGUCUCUACCUUCAGAUGCACAGCCCCGAGCCGGUGCCGGCAGGGCCGACCCAGCGCGUUUUCCAGCCGUCUCACGCCGCGCAGCAGAGCCCCUUGGGCUACUUCGUGCACCCGCAGCAGCCGAGCCGCCCCGCGCAGGGCCAGCCCUGCAGCCUGCCCGACGUGCCGGAGAUGCAGCUGCCGUGA